GGCAGGACAGGAAGUACUUGGCCACGACCUUGGACUGUGAAGUUACGUGCAGCGGAGGCAGCAUGGCGAGUAAAGAUCCUGGAGGUUUUCUGCAGCAGCUGAGGCAGAUCGCAGGCCGGAUGUCCUCUAGUCCUAGAGGAGCUGGUCUGGGUGUAAAACUGCUUCUCGGAGCUGGAGCGCUGGCAUAUGGAGUCAAAGAGUCGAUGUACACAGUGGAGGGUGGACAGAGGGCCAUCAUCUUUAACAGAAUUGGAGGCAUGGAGAUGAAUACAGUGCUUUCUGAGGGGCUUCAUUUCAGGAUGCCGUGGUUCCAGUACCCGAUCAUCUAUGACAUCCGAGCCAGACCCAGGAAGAUUUCAUCUCUCACAGGAAGCAAAGACCUUCAGAUGGUGAACAUUGGUCUGCGUGUGCUGUCCCGACCUGUGGCUUCCAACCUACCCUUUCUCUAUCAGCACCUGGGGACAGACUAUGACGAGCGUGUGCUGCCGUCCAUUGUCAACGAGGUGCUGAAGAGUGUGGUGGCCAAAUUCAAUGCCUCACAGCUCAUCACACAGAGAGCACAGGUGUCACUGCUCAUCAGGAGGGAGCUGAUUGAGAGAGCUAAGGACUUCAACAUCAUUCUGGACGACGUGGCCAUUACAGAGCUGAGCUUCAGCAGGGAAUACACUGCUGCAGUAGAGGCCAAGCAAGUCGCCCAGCAGGAGGCCCAAAGAGCCCAGUUCUAUGUGGAGAAGGCCAAGCAGGACCAGAAGCAGAAGAUCAUCCAGGCUGAGGGAGAGGCCCAGGCUGCUAAAAUGCUGGGCGAGGCUGUUUCGAAGAAUCCUGGCUACCUUAAACUCCGACGCAUCAGAGCCGCCCAAAAUAUCGCCAAGACGGUGGCAAGUUCACAGAAUAAGGUGUAUCUAAAUGCAGACAGUCUGGUGUUGAACCUGCAGGACGACUCCUUCAACAAGUUGUCUUUGGGGAAGUGAGAGUCGUCCCUGCGGAUCGUGUGCAUUCCAUAUGUUGGCAGUCUGUGCUGUAUUUAACGUCUUCUCUGAGUUUGAGUGUACCUCCCUAAGCAGUGCCUGUCUCUCAGUGCAGUGAUCUGGGGCCACAGUCCAGAGCAGGGUUGGGUGGCCUUUAAAAACACACUAACACACACACGUACAGAAGUAUUACACAAAAAUAGCCUUUCAGAAAGCAUGAUCAAUAGCAGCAGUAGCUCACAAAGGGCUUGCGAUGCACAUGAAGCUUACAUAAGCAGGGCGUAAUCAGUCAUGGUUUGAUAUUUGCCCCUGAAGAAUCCGCACAGUAUCCAUGUUACAAAUGAGGGCAUGUUAUUAUGAAUGAAGGCAUCAGGAAAUAGAGUAAAAUGUCAUUUAUUAACUCUGUCAUUGAUCCAUUUGCCAGACCCAGAUUAAGCCUAAACCUAGGAAUUAUAUUAUGAAUAUGUGUAAAGUAAUCUGAAGGCCACUCAACUGUUAGCUAGUGUUUACAGUGCCUGUUUAUUUUUAGUUUGUGUUUAUUCCCACCAGGGACCUGCUGGUUCCUCUUUGCGACGUGUAUACUGACGAGAUUAAAGCACUGUGAGGAGGUUUCAUUAAAUAUUUUGAAUUUUUGAGACUA